CAGAGCUGGCACAGCACCGUCAGAACAGCCUGAACCGGGUACGAGCCGCGAUAGCCUCCGCACGUGCGCACCGCCUCCUGACUCGGAUCCCUGCCGGUCCGUCACGGCCCGUGGGGGCGCGCGGCGACACAACCCGACACGUUCAGCGUGAUUUAAUCUUUUGCUUCUCCUUGUCUAGGUGAACUACUGCCCCCCCCCACCCUUCCUCCCUCAAUCUCCCCACCCUCCGCAAAAAAAGAAUAACUACAUCAACAGUGGAGACGGGAGAACUGCACUCAUUGUGGGCACAGCUGGAGAAGAUUCAGUCGUUUGCUGGGGGGGGGGGGGAAUAACAGAUCGCUACUGUCCUGUCCACAUCGGCUCUGUGAGGGAGGGGGGGAGAGACGGGACCUCUGCGCCAGGAAGAGUCGCUCCUGUGCCGUGCGGCAUUGCGCGGAGAGCAGCCAGAGACACAGCAGAGGCACUCAAAGCGCCGGAGGUGUCAAGGAAGGUGGAGGAUAUUUUACGCACAGCAGCACUCGGGUAGUGCACCCCCCCCUCUCUCUCUCUCUCGCUCUCUCUCUCUCACACACACACACACGCGCGCGCGCACACACACACCCGACACGCGGGCCACUGACCGGGACUCUCCUGCUCGCUUUAGAAACUACAACACAGUCUCUUCGCCCCUCUUGGUCGGAUUUGCACUUGACGAAGCUCACAUGAUGGAUUCCUUCAUCGUCGCGGCUCUGGCGGUGUGCUCUCUAACGGCACCAGCCUGCGGGGACAAAGGGACCAGCAAAGCUCGGAGUUGUUCGGAUAUCAGGCAGUUUUACAGCGGCAAAGGAUUCGCUCUGGACGGUGUCCCUCAGUCCGAAAUAUCAGGGGAGCACCUGCGCAUCUGCUCCCAGGGGUACACCUGCUGCACCAGUGACAUGGAGGACAACUUGGCCACGCAGAGCCGCAGGGAGAUGGAGGGACUGCUGAAAGAGGCCGGCCGAACCUUGCAGACCUCACUCAUGGGACAGUACAAGGCCUUCGAUGGUUACUUUCUGGGAGUGCUGAACCGGUCUGCGAUUCAACUUCAGGAAACCUUCCUCGCCACUUAUGGCUUACUGUAUUCCCAGAAUUCCGAGGUCUUCUCUGACCUGUACAACGAUUUGAGGCACUACUACCGAGGCUCCAACGUCAACCUGGAAGAAGCGCUCAACGAAUUCUGGGCCAAGCUUCUGGAGAAGCUCUUCCAGACAAACCAGCAGUUUUACAUAGGUGAGGAUUACCUGGAGUGUGUGUCCAAGCAGAUCGAGACGCUACGUCCCUUCGGAGACACACCCCGUGUGAUGAAGACGGCGGUCACGCGCACAUUCGUGGCCGCGCGCUCCUUCGUUCAGGGACUGGUGACCAGUGGGGAGGUGGUGCGCAAAGUGUCCCAGGUGCAGCUGACCCCGAACUGCGUGCGGGCCAUGAUGAAGAUGACUUACUGUCCCCACUGCCGCGGCGUGGCCUCUGCCAGGCCUUGUGCCAACUACUGCAGCAACGUCAUGAAGGGCUGCCUGGCCAACCAGGCCGACCUCGACACCGAGUGGAAGCAUCUGGCAGAAACUUUGAUCGAGGUGGCCGGACGCUUUGAUGGCCCAUCUGGUGUAGAUGCCGUGGUCCUCUCCCUCCCCAUUCGCAUAUCAGAGGCCAUGUUAACCAUGUCGGAGAAUAUGCAGACCAUCAACAGCAAGUUGUUCCAGGCAUGUGGCAACCUCAAAGAGGGAAAAUCCGGCAGCACAGGAACCGUGAAAGGGGGGGGUAUGGGCACGGUGGAGAACACGAUGGGGACCAGCCCGGACAAGAUGGUCAAACUGGUGUCUGACGUAACCGCGAGGCUGAGGGACAUGCAGCCGUACUGGGUCACCCUCCCCGGCAUGCUCUGCAGUGACAGAGUUGCCACCGGAACAGGGGCCGAGGAGAAGUGUUGGAACGGCAUGAGUCGUGCUCGGUACCUUCCUGAGGUGUUGGGCGACGGCCUCGCCAGCCAGAUCAGCAACCCGGAAGUGGAAAUCGACAUCACCAAACCAGACAUGAAGAUACGUCAACAGAUAAUGCAGCUGAAGAUCAUGACGCACCGCCUGAGGAACGCUCUCAACGGCCAGGAUGUGGACUUUCAGGACACCAGCGACGACGUCAGCGGUUCGGGGAGCGGAAUGUGCGGCGACAACGUGUGUUCCCGCGUGCCGCGCCCUGUUGUCCCCGUCACCAACCGACCCACAUACUACGACCCCUACCCUCCAGAAAACAAGAAGGUGAAAAGCUCCAACGGCAGCCAGAACCUCCCCAGCAUCACCGUCUACCUGCUGCCGUUGCUCGUCCUGCUGCUCCGGCGAUAAUUGACGGGGGAAUCUGCCAACCGGGACUGAGUUUGGGACAUGGGGGGUGGGGGGGGGUCGUGGGAGAGUCUGAAAGGGGAUGGGAGGGGAGAUGGUGGGAGUUAGUUACUUUGCCAAAACUAAAUAAGUAAAAGGAAACGACAACAAAAAAACAAAAAAAAUCACUUGGAUGCACUUCGUGUUGGUUUUGGGAUUAGAACAAAAUGGAUUAUUCAUACGUUUUUUGGGUUCCGCUUGUUCCUUUUCCUUUUUGCUAUAUUAUGACACCAUUAGAGCUGGUCUUUUCGCAUCUUCUAAUGAUUUGUUUCUGGUGUUUGGGUUUUCUGAGAUUAUAUCUGUACCUAAAACAUGUGUAAGACUAUAUUGCUAACAGUAUGUUGGUGUUGACACCAUGGGGAGAGGGAGAACGAGGGCACUCAUAUUUGUAAUUCCCCUCCUUUAAAACCGCACUUAUGUUCAGUAGAAUCAUUUAUUUAUCAAUAAGCCAUCAACACAAACCACAAAACAACAAAUGAAAUACAAUAUUGCUGACUUUUGAAGCAGGACGAUCGGGACGGGACGACCCGGCAGACCUCUCAUAGGGGGCCUCGCACUCUCACAGCGUCAGCACCUUUUUUGCUGUAAUAAAACCCCUGAUCACAUCCCCCACCGACAUGAUCGUCUAAUGUAGGAGUCACCGCAACACUGUCUGCCACCCCAUCCGUCCACUCAUCCCCCCCGCCCCCCUCCCUCCUCCGACCCCUGACCCCUCCACUCCUGCUGGGGCAGAAUCUCCCUCUCUGCAGGAUGAGCUCCGCGGAGUCCGGUGUAAGCGAAACGCACGCCGGGGGGGGCCGCGCCGGGGGUCUCGGGUGACAGCAGCACGCGGAACGGGGUCGCCGGUUUCACGUUGCGCUCGCGGUUGGGGAUGGUUUUAGAAGCGCGUGGCCUGAACAGACAUGUCCACAGAAGCACAAGCGGAGGCACCGCUGGCCCUGUGGCGCUUCUCUCUUUUCUUUUCCCCUCCGUGUGCACAGCAGAGCUGAAAUGACGUUUUAACGACCUUCAGAAAGCCCCCCCCCCCCGCACUCCUGUGAUCAGCACCGUAUUUGCUAACUUGCAGUAGGAUGUGUUUUUUGGUUUAUUUGCAGCAAUGAGCCGUGCCGCGGGAAAAAAAAAAAAAAAAAGCCACGCAGUGGUCGUCUUUGAAUGGUCCCUCUGUUUGAAUGGCAUCGCAGUGUGCACAUUUGUGUUCCUCCUUUGUUGUUUUCCAGUAAGAAAAUAGCCAACUGAGCGUACAACACGCGAUGACAUUGUUUGCUAGAACCCUUUGUUCCAUUCAUCAUCUGUCGUGGCGUUUCCGUAUCUGCCUUCCAUUUUUUUCCCCCCCUUUUCUCUCUCGGUGCCUCUUGAUUCCCAAACCCUCAUCAGUCACGACGACCUUUGGGGCGUUCCUCGUGCUUCUCCGUGGCGGCAGGGCAAAACGACAGUGACACGGCGCUUCAUUAGGUGUCACCCUUACUGGGAAUGUUGUUGUGGGAACACAGUGUAAGACACACACACACACACACACACACACACACUGAAGUGUCAAAGCUCUCGUUUUAAGGGGCGUCGUGCGCAGGGCGGUGGGGAGACGCCCGCGUGGAUGGGUGUGGUCGAUGGAAGCUUUAAGUGUGGAUGGCGCAAAGCAUAUUGAGAAAUAUUGGACUGACACUGUCUGAUUAAGCGUAAUUCAACUGACAGCAAUAAAGAGGUUGAUAUUGCUCAUUUUUUUACAACCGCUAACUGCAAUUACUGCCGAUCUUUGCUCGUGUGCAUCGCAAAAGUAUAUGCGUUUUACUGGUAUUAUGAAAGAAUUAUAGGUUUUAUUCGCUUUAUCAAAAGAACUAAAUGAUAAUAUUGCAGAUCCAAUUAAGUUGGUGGGGUCUCUGUCGAAGCUUGAGAAGCGCAUCUGGUAAUGUUAAUUACUGCUCUGAAUUAUGGUGAGGCUGUUGCGGUUAGCUGACAUGAUGCUUUGGAGAUAUUUCCCUGUUUUUGACGUGCUUAAUUAAUGGAUGCGUCUGCGUGCGAGUGCCGGUCCUUCUUCUUAGUUCCUUCGUAAAAGAAAUCUGCCUGGGACUGCCUUUGACACUCGGCCUGGGGUCAAUGGUCUUCGGAUGUCAAAGUCAGAUACAGUAUUACAUGGUCCAGUGGGGAGGAAAAUACACAUUUUGAUCAAAGAACAAU